CCCCUAUUCUUUGGAAACCCCUCUUCUUCUCUCUUUAAAAACAAUGGUUCUUCCGUAACUAAUAUACAAAAAGAAGGAAUAAAUUUAGUUUGAUUGUAGGCAGUUAGUUGCUCUGCAUGUGCUCUGCCAUCGCAUAGACUCUGCUUUUUUGAGUAAUAAUCGCACCGCCCAUUUCUCUCUUUACAAUCUUAUUUUGUCAUAUAACUCCUAUUUGAUUCUCCAACUUUCAACUAUAUAAAACCUAUCACUCUGUUUUUGACUCAAUCGAAAAAAACAGAGACAAUGGGUGAAGAAACGAAACAGGAGCCACCAAAGGAAGAAGUAAAAACAGAGGAGAAAAAGGAAGAGCAAACAGAGGAGGAGAAAGAAGAAGAGCCAAAACCACCUUCGCCUUUUGUUUUGUAUGUUGACUUGCAUUGUGUUGGAUGUGCAAAGAAAAUUGAGAGGUCCAUUUCAAAGAUUAGAGGGGUUGAGGGAGUAGUAAUAGAAAUGGCGAAAAACCAAGUGACAAUAAAGGGAGUAAUAGAGCCACAAGCAGUGUGCGACAGAAUUACGAAGAAAACUAAAAGAGUUGCAAAAGUGUUAUCACCCCUGCCGGCUGCUGAAGGUGAACCAAUUCCUGAAGUUGUUGCUUCACAGGUAAGUGGAUUGACUACUGUGGAGCUUAAUGUCAACAUGCACUGUGAGGCUUGCGCCGAACAACUUAAAAAAAAGAUUCUCAGAAUGAAAGGUGUUAGAAGUGCGGAAACGGAAGCCAGCACUGGCAAAGUAACGGUGACGGGCACUAUGGACGCUAACAAACUCGUCGACUACGUCUAUCGACGCACCAAAAAACAAGCCAAAAUUGUCCCUCAGCCCGAACCUGAGCCCGAAAAGCCCGUUGAAGAGACCAAGCCCGAUGAGGCAAAGCCCGUUGAAGAACCAAAGCCCGAAGAUAAGAAAGAUGAAGGUACAGCCCCCGCUGAAAAUAAAGAAGGGGGCGACGGUGAAAAACCACCGGAGGGAGAAAAAACCGAAGGCGGUGGCGGAGGAGAAGAGAUGAUCAUUCCAAUUGAAGAUCAUUAUGAUGAACAUACGAUUAAUAAGUUGAUGUACUAUCAUCCUUAUCAGCCACUUUACGUCAUUGAAAGAAUUCCACCUCCGCAGUUAUUCUCCGAUGAAAACCCUAAUGCAUGUUGCAUUACAUAAUUAAUUAAUAAACAUGCUAUCAAUUAUAGUACGUACUUAAUUAAUCAAUCCUCACACUAAGUUUUUAUGAUAUUGUGAGACGAUGAUUAAUUUAAAACGUAGGAGUAUUUAAUUUGAUUUGUUGUUUGGAUGGUCAUGUGAAGGGGAUUAUUCUAUCUCUAGAUGAAUAAUGAUAAAUACAAAUAUUUAUCGUGUAAUAUAUAUCUAAUCUUGAAUAUGUUAUUUCAAGAGUAGAUAUAAAAAUGUUACAUCAUUAUUGUUUUGUUGUGUAUA